AUGCCUGCCUGGAUGCCCACACCGCUCGCCUUCACCCUGUUCAUGGUUCUUGUGCCCACCACCAGGCAAGCAAAGCCUUCUGAGCCGGAAGGACCAGCACUAGCAUUUUGUCCUCCUCUGCGGUCGAUAGGGCCAGGGGCCAUGCCUGCAGACUGUGAUGAGGAAAUCCAUUUGCAGGAUGGAAUGAUGCUCAGCUUCUACGGCCACAUCGAGGAAUUGGAGUGGGCACUUGCGGAUGCCAGCGAGGCUGGACGAGUUCCCAUGGACCUUGUGAAUGCUAUGCUCAGCUUUGCCGAGAGCUUGAACUUGAUGCUCUGUAUGGCAAGAUUCAGGUGCGUGUAUCCUACAACGGAAGAGUUUCAGUCCGACUGGAAUGCCUCAUGCGAGCAGCUUUUGGCGCGCGCGCCGCCCAACUUCCCAUGGCUCUCGCGAGAGCCCUGCAGCGCUGGCAACGAGUUGAUGGAGGUGGUGAGCUUGAUUAUUCCGCGUCUUCGAAGCGACUUCGGCCUGCCUGGACGGGGUGCCCGAUACCCACUUGAUGUUGCUCCCGUGUGUGGUGCUGUGGCACAGGCAGACUUUGCCCAGACGUGGCCCUUCAUGUUUCUCAACGGGACUUACGGCCACCAUGUCGUGUCCACGACACGCUUGCCCUUUGCAGACAUCUUGGAGUUCUUUCGCCAACAGCAGGGGCUGAUGCCCUCCGAACUCGUAGUUGUGAAUCUCGGCGCCCACGACGGUAGUUGCAUGGAUGCACAGAUGGUGGUGAAAGACGUGGCCAACUGUGCCUUCGACCUCGGCGCAAGGGGAGUUGCUGUGGAGGGUUUGGAAACGACGGCUUUGCAACACCGCUGGCCAGGUGUUGUUGUGCAUGUCGGCUAUAUCUCGCCAAGAAACGUCACCCGCAUUGUAGAGGACGCUCUGGCGAAACUUGCAGUGACACGCCUUGACCUUUUGAAGAUCGACCUUGAUCACGCCGAUUGCUUUUUUGCGGAGGCCCUACUGCGACAGAUGAGGCUGGCUCCGGCCUUUCUGGUGGUCGAAUAUAACCGAAUCUUCCCACCACCGAUACGCUUCCGGGAGCAGUUUUCGGAGACCAAAGCAGGCCGAAUGGGCUUGUCUUGGAUGGACGGCAAGCGAGGUCAACAUUGGUCUGGCUGCAGCAUGCAAGCCUGGCACGAUACAGCAGCUGCACAUGGCUACCGGUUAUUGCAAGCCACUCUUUUCGAUCUGACAUUCCUGCACCAAAAUGUUGAAUUGCAGCUUGGAGUUGAAGUUGUCGACGGUUGGCCAUCCUCGAUCUUUAACGCUUGGCUGUCUUCUGCACAUUGCUUCGCCCCCUCGCGUCGGCUUUAUGGUCACCAGGCUUUCGCAACUCUAGACCUGCGGGCCUUGCCCGAGCUACCUGCAGACGAUCGCUGCGAACUGGCUGCAAGGUGGUGGAAGUCGGAGGGCCAGACAUCUCAAUCGGAGCUAUAUUGCUAG